CUCUUUUUCUCAAUCAAUCAAAUUUUAUUCCAAAACUUUUUCAAUAAUUAAUAAUUUCAUCACAAAAAUCAUAUCUAGGGUUUCAUACUUUCAUCGAUUCAAAAAUUCAAAUUGAAAUCAACAUCAAAUGGAUCCUUUUGACGAUACAAAUUGGGAUCUAAUCGAUUACGAGGCGCUAAUAAACGACGUCGUAUCCACCGAUUAUUGUUGGGGUGAACAGAGUGGUGGAGUCCAAGGUGAUGGUUCAGUUGCUAGCCUUCCACCACCGGAGACGGAGGGCGUGGAGAAAGAAUGCUCAAGAAAAAGGGGACGCAGUAACUCAUGCAGCAAGGCUGAGAAUAAAGCAUGUCGUGAGAGGCAAAGAAGGGAAUUACUAAACAGCAGGUUCUUAGAAUUAAGCUCUACUUUGGAACCCGACCGGCCUGCUACCACUGAUAAAUUGGCUAUACUUGGAGAUGCUAUUCGAGUUCUAAAUCAGCUCAAAUCUGAAACACGGGAUUUCAAAGAAAUGAAUGAGAAACUAUCGGAAGAAAUUAAAACCCUGAAGGCGGAGAAGAACGAGCUUCGUGAAGAGAAACUUGUAUUAAAGGCGGAAAAAGCAAAAAUGGAGCAGCAGGUCAAAUCCAUGACCAGUAAUAUUCCACCACCUGGAUUUAUGGCACCACAUCCGGCUGCAUUUCAUGCUGGAGCGAACAAGAUGCCUGUUUUUCCAGGCUACGGUUACAUUCCAAUGUGGCAGUAUUUACCACCAUCUACGUGUGAUACGUCUCAUGAUCAUGAACUCAGGCCACCUGCUGCUUAAUAACCGAACCAAUGAGAAAAUUGUUAGCUCAUUGUAGUUUGUAAAUAUAAUUGCUUAGUUGGAUUUUGUGUUUUUAUCAAUCUGCACUUGAUCUGCCAUUAUGUUUUUAGGGACGAAUAGAAUUUUUUGUUGGAUAUAAAUGAUAUCCUCUUCUAAUCUUUUUA